CCUCCACAUGCGAUGAUGAAGCAUUUGGAGCAUCUUCAAGGCGUGGCUUUCACCCACAGGAUGGACCCAACCAACCAUUCAUAGAGAAUGGGGAUAACCAGCACAAUUCCUCUUUAAUUUCUAUGCACAGCAACAACAUAAUAGCCAACCCCAAUGUGGCCAUCACGCUGGAGUGUAACGAACUGGAGCUCAACACUGACCUGAAUGAUGUGACGUGCUCGCACAAGACUUCGGAUCAAAUCAGACUUCCAGCAUCUCUCACAGACAAUUUGUUUUUCUACAACCAGCCUGUAGCCAUCCUUCACGCUCCAGCGUUCUUCCAUUUGGAGGAGCAACCGGAGCAGUGGAGCAAGUUGGCCACUCUGCCCCGCGCAGGGGCUUCAAACAGCGCCGCCGCCGAGCCGCUCAAUAAAGACAGCUUCACCCAGACUCUGCCAAAAGGACGCACCGAGACCCAGAACCAGGCAGCAGAGACCGAAGAUCAAGUCGGGGCUUUAGAGGGCUCUCCUGCAGCAGCGUCCACCAGAGGGUGGUCCAGAGGUCCCUUUGGCCUCCCAGAGUCGGGAACGUUAAAUAAAAUCGGCGACGACAGACACUCAGCACAUGCCUUGGGAGCACUUUCUAAAAUCCCAUCAUCUCAGCCUCCCCGGGCCUGGUUCGUCUCACUGGAGGGCAAACCUGCAGCUGAGAUCCAUUACAACGUGUCAGAGCAGCAGAGGAGGAGGAGGCCGGUUGAGAGUCGAGAAACCAGUUUGGACUCCGGGGUGGAUAUGAGCGAACUGAACCAGACGUCCACUAGGAGGACUGUAACUCUGGAGCGCAAAAGCACAUCCAACAGCAAGCACACACCUCCACAGUAA